CAGCGUCGUAGUACAAACUACAGUCUGUUUUAAACUGUUCUGUUAGUUUUGAUAGUAAUUUAAUUACAUCAGCGACCCAAUAAAGAGAAGGCGCAUAUGCAUAUGGAGCUGAAGUCCAACAGUUCACGCGCGUCAAACAUUAACUCAGAGAAGCGCGUGUGUCGCAACUCCUGCAACUUCAUAUACGUCGUGAAUCUAUAAACAACAGCGAGAAUAAUGGCGGCGACACGCUCUCUACAUAUCCUCAAGAGACAGCAGCAUUUCAUUAACAAGGUGCAUUCCGCAUGGCUGGCCAGAGGUUUUGCAAAUAAAAGUGAUGAAGGCUGGUUGAGUUCCAUGUUUGCACACAAAGUGGAUGCCAGGAAAGAUGCCCACUCCAAUCUGCUCUCCAAGAAAGAAACCAGCAACCUCUACAAGAUCCAAUUUCACAAUGUCAAGCCAGAAUGCAUGGAGGCAUACAACAAACUGUCGGAUGAGGUUCAGAAAGAACUCCAUCGGGAUGCAGAUUAUCCAUGUGAAGUUGUCGGAAGCUGGAACACCUGGUAUGGUGAACAGGAUCAAGCAGUGCAUCUCUGGAGAUACUCUGGUGGAUAUCCUGCUCUUAUGGAGUGUUUGCACAAACUCAACCUCAAUAUGACGUAUCUUGCAUUUCGAAAAGAAAGGAGCAAAAUGUUGAUCUCUCGACGCAACCAGCUUCUUCUGGAGUUUAGUUUCUGGAACGAGCCUGCUCCCAGAACUGGCCCCAACAUUUAUGAAAUGAGAUCAUAUCAACUACUACCUGGUACAAUGAUCGAAUGGGGAAAUCAUUGGGCUCGAGCAAUCAAAUACAGACAGGAAAACAAUGAAGCAGUGGGCGGCUUCUUCACUCAGAUCGGUGAUUUGUAUGUUGUUCAUCAUUUAUGGGCUUAUAAAGACCUGCAGUCCAGAGAACAGACCAGAAACGCUGCUUGGUUAAAAGAGGGCUGGGAUGUAAAUGUGCACUAUACAAUGCCUCUUAUCCAAAAGAUGGAAUCGAGAAUUAUGAUUCCUAUGCAACACUCCCCUCUGCAGUAAAGCAACAGUGUUUCCCCUGUGAUGAUAGCCUGACUAGGUCAGACUUCCUAUUUCCGCUAAUUUCAUUUUGCUCCUGUAGUCCUGUCUACAAAGCAAAGUGAAGUAGCAGAGUCUGGUAUUAACAGGCUACUGUGAUGAUACUUAAUAGGUUGACAAUUCAUCUGGAAAUCUAAUUCAUGUAGAGUUUUGUUCAAACACAUCUGAACCAGAUGAUCAAGGUCUUCAGGUCCUCUUGAAGAAGACAGUUGUGUUAGAGUAGAACUGUAAAUGCCAUUCUGAGAACCACAAUGAUAAACUCUGGUGCCUUUGUGUCAGACUGUUUUAGUGUCAAAUUAAAACAGCAAUCUGAUAUAUAGAAUUUAAAAAUUACAGUCUUGUUUUUAGACAUUGUUCUCUUUUUUAUUGGAUCAUUUGGCAAGUUUGACCUGUUUUUGAGGAAACUUUUAUCUGAAAUGCUGGUGCUUGUCUGAAGCUUAACAAUUAAAUAAAGCAAUUAUGCCAUUAUCAGAAUUCCUUAUCAUGAUGUCCUUAAUUAGAGCAUGGAAAUUGAAAACUCGAUGUUAGGUGUAUAUUAAUAAAUACAUUUCUGUUGA